AUGAAAUCCUUAUAUAACGAAAUGGAUAAAAUACUUCCUUAAACUAAGACUACAGGAGCGUUAUGGUUAGGGAAUAUCAAGGCAGCUUAGAAUAUAGUUAGGCUCAACCAAGAGAACAUCAAAACAGUACUCACAAUAGCCAAUAACACCAAUUUAUCUUACCCUUAACAUCAAAGAGUGAGACACAAGGUUUUCGAAAUAAAGGACAAUGACAACGUGAACAUUCUUGAUUUGAUUGAAAUAACAAAUUAAUACAUAGAAGAGUCACUCUAAUAAGGUUCUGUGUUGGUUCAUUGUAUGGCAGGAAUUUCUCGCUCAGUUUCCUGUGUUAUAGCCUACUUGAUUCAUAAAAAUAACUGGAAUUAUGAAUAAGCUUUUAAGUUCGUAAAAACCAAGAGAAAUUGUUCCAAACCUAAUGAAGGCUUUAAGAAACAAUUAAUUUAGUAUGCAGAGCAAAAGUUACCAAACAGUUAGACUCAUGAUAACCAAGAAAAACUAUUAAAUGAUUUGAGGAGGAAAUUGUACCUCUCCCCAGAUGAUGUUGUUAAAAAAACUUAAUUAGUGAAGUCGCCUUAAAAAUAGAUUACUUCACUAAAUUAAAAUUCAACUGCUGAAGAAAAAUAACAAUAUCGUUAGUAAAUGGCAUAGAAAUUGUUUGUGAGUACAUUUUUUAAAGACAGCUUACAUAAAAAUAGCUAUUCCUUAACAUAAAAUAAGAUUAGGACUGCUCAACCUGUGACUAAAAGAGCUCAAUUGAGCAUGUACCGUUCAAUAUAGGAAUCUGACUUUGGGUUUUUAUCAGACAGAUUGAACAUAGCAUGA